AUGAACAAUUGCACAUCAUGUCAAAAUCAAUAUUCAUGUGAUAACUGUCAUGAUGAGAAUGUUUACGUUAAUGCAAGUUGUAAGCAUUUCACUUCUAUUGAGUUUUGUAUUGAAGCUAAAAAAGGAGCUUGUUCGAUGUGUGUUGAAGGCAAAAAGCCGAGUGAUGAUGGUCUUUCAUGUACAAACAAAGUGAAUUUGGGAUUGGCAAUUGGUCUCCCUGUUGUAUUUGUAGUCUUGAUAAUCAUUUUGAUAGCUUUGACGAUUGUUGGAAUGUAUUUCUUAUAUUUGCACUUCAGAGAGGAAAAGAAAAUGAUAAACGUUUGUGUAUUCAAAAUGAACCGCUCAAAUGUUAUUUUUGAAAGGGUGAAUGAUUGGCUUGUAGCUAAUAAAGAGAAAGUGACUUUUAUCGACGAGAACAAUGCAAAUAAUGAAAUUCCCGUCAACAAAGAAACACGUGACUUAUUCUGUGUUGGCAACAAGUCUAAAAAUCCAAUGAAGAUUCAAUUUAGUGUGAUGAAAGGGUGCGAUUACUACACAAUUCGAACAGAACCAGCUUUGGUAAAUUUAAAAAGUGGAGAGGCGUGUGAAUUUGAGAUAUUUUUGACACCACUGUGUUCGUGUAAAAUCGAAGAGAAAAUUGUAUGUGUUGGUCUUGAUAUCAAGAAAGGUGUUGAAAUGACAGAACACAUUUCAAUCAAUGCAAAGACAGAAAUGACAACACGACUUGAUUAUCAUGAAUUAAAAGAAGAAAAGAAACUUGGCGAAGGUUCAUUUGGCAUUGUCUAUUUGGGAGAGUUCAGAAGUCACAAAGUAGCAAUCAAGAAAUUACGAGAGGGGUGCAGUGAUGAAUCGAAAGUCCACGAAUUUGAAAAAGAAGUUUCGAUGUUAGACAAAUUUCGAUGUGACUAUUUGGUUCACUUCUAUGGAGCUGUCUUCAUUCCAAACAGAAUUUGUAUGGUCACUGAAUUUGCAGAAUAUGGCAGUUUAAACGAUUUGAUGAAAAAGAGAAGAGAACAAUCGCCGCGCAUGGCAGUCAAAGUGAAAUUCAUGUUUGACAUGGCAAAGGGAAUUUCUUAUUUGCACAACAAUGGCAUCGUCCACAGAGACAUCAAACCAGACAAUUUACUCAUCUUUUCUCUGGACUUGGGAACUACAAUUAACGCAAAAAUGACUGAUUUUGGAAGUGCGAGAAAUAUUAAUAUGUUGAUGACGAACAUGACUUUCACUAAGGGAAUUGGAACACCAAAGUAUAUGUCACCUGAAGUGUUGAAUAAAGAAAAGUACAAAAUGCCAAGUGAUAUCUUCUCUUUUGCAAUUAGUAUGUACGAAUGUUUCACAUGGAAAGAACCAUAUCCAAAAGAAAAUUUCAAGUUUGCGUGGUCCAUCGCAGAUUUUGUUGCUUCAGGAAAACACUUGGCACAAGUUGACUGUCUUGACGACACCAUUUAUUCCUUGUUAAACAAAAUGUGGUGUUUUGAUGGAAAAGACCGAUUUAAAAUAGACGAAGUCGUAGAAGACUUGCAAAUGUAUCUUAAUGCAUUCCAAUAA